AUGAUUACGUGGGAUAACAAUUUACAUCAUUUAGGUGAUCUGAUGAGUUGCUCAAGUUCGGCGGAGAUCUCAUGCCCGAUAGAGAGCGAUUCCAGAACUGACAUAAGUAUGGUUGGUUAUUUUUGUACAAUCAACAAAAAUCCUCCUGAAAAUGUUCCGACUUACUACCGUGACUGUAGUGGUGAACUAUUAUCAACUGUAAACGCUUCUACGUGGAGUUUAACGCCUUGCUUUGUGUACAUUCCGUUUGUGAAUUGGCUGAUUCAUUUCCAAGCAGGAUUCGGAUCCGUCACUCUCAUCGAUCAACGCUCCACAAUGGUACUCGACACAAAAUACGUCCUUACCUUCGACAUCAUCAGCCAGUGCCACGGACGGCUUUCAGUUGAGAUCGAACCUGAUAUUGAUACUGGGUCUUUGAGGAGUCGUAGUCCGGAAAAUACAGACGAUACCGAUAAGGGAUGCACAUCCAUUUUGAAAACUCGCACGGCUCUACGGAAGCACGCAAAAGUCCAUGCAGCUCGUAAUUUGUCAUGUGACCGAUGCGGAAGGACGUUUGCAGAACGAACAAAGCUCAAGCGACAUAUGUUGACGCAUACGGGCGAACGAGCUUUCCAGUGUCGAUUUGAAGGAUGUUCAAAGGCAUUCUCGUUAGAAGCCAAUUUGAAGUCACAUAUCAAAACCCAUACAGGUGAAAAACCACACAAGUGCCAAAUUUGUCAUCACGCCUUUUCACACCCGUACAACUUGCGUGUUCAUAUCUCCAGGCGACAUAAGGACCAGAAUAUAGCCUGA